GAUGGUUGCGCAAUACUGGAAGGUCUCUGAAGUGAUUCAUGGAAUGUAACAUGACUGGUGUGGUGUGUGGAAAUUCACUCAUGGACCAUUUCUAUCAUCGGUCAUGUUCAAAUAUUGAUAGUUAGGCAUUGUUUACACGUCGGUCGUUGUUUACAAAUAGAGCACAUCGGUUUUGUGCACGUGUAGCUGAUGUUGUGGCUGAAUAAAUUAAAUCGUUACUGAAAACAAAAGGUCUGGAUUAUUCGGAAAAGGAAGCUGUUGAUUAAAAAUAAUAAUUAGAAAAAUAUUGUCAAGUAGAAAAAUUGCAAGACCUCGCACUUUGAUGUGCAUUUCUUUAGGGUGUGACGAUACAAAUGUUGAUAUUUUAGAUCAGCCAUGUCCAAAGUGCGGCCCGGGGGCCAAAUGCCAGCCUUUGUCAUUAGAUCAAUAACGUCUGGCCCGUACACAGACUUAAUAAAUUGGUCAGCAGUACUGCUACCAGCAUAUGAAGUAGCUUACACAUUAAAUGCUGAUCCUCAUUUACCUACUAAAAGGCAGCAGCCCUUCAAGCGACAUUACCCCGUGUGACCCUUGACUUGCAAUUUUCUAAAAUGGCAACAAUCAACAACAACAACAACAAAAAAGUUGACUGCGACGGCCAUCGCUUCAAAGAUAGGUGGAAAUUGAACUAUUUCUUCUUUAAAAUACGCAACAACUGUGUCUGCCUCAUUUGCAAAGAAACAGUCACUGUUUUUUAAAGAAUUUAAUGUGAGGUGAUAUUACCAAACAAGACAUGCUGACAUGUACGACAAGAUUACAGGGAAGAUACGCAGCGAGAAAUUGAAGAAACUUGAAGCUAGUUUAAUUUCACAGCAGCAGUAUUUCGCAAGAUCCAGAGAAUCGAAAGAGAACGCCACAAAGGCUAGUUGCGAGAUUGUUGAAAUCAUUAAUUAAAAAAUAAAUAAAUAAAGCAAAUGUGACACACAGAAUGGCUUGCUAAAAUUUGCAUAAAUAUAUUGUUCUACGUAAAGUACGUCAGCCAAGGUCGGCCCCGCACAUUUUUACCACACCAAAUCUGGCCCCCUUUGCAAAAAGGUUGGACACCCCUGUUUUAGAUAAUUACAGUUGCCAUUUGAGAAAAAUACCCUACUUUAAAUGAUGGAUAUUACAUCCAAGGAACACAGAUUAAUCAAUAGAGAAUGGGGUGUUCAUAAAAACUAUAGUGUUAAACAAAAAUAAUAGUUUUCUAAAGAACAAAGUGUUGAAAAGGAAAACAGGGGCAUAGCAUUAACUUCUAGGCCCUGUAUACUCCGAAUGUCAGUGGGCCAUUCCCAGAGGUGGGUAGAGUAGCGAAAAUUUUACUCAAGUAAAAGUAGCGUUACUUCAAAUUCAAAAUAAUAUUCAUCCAAAAAAUAUGUACUCUCGUAUAAGUAAAACAAGUUAUUGGUGAAAAGAAUACUCAAGUGAUGAGUAACAUUGUGAAUAAUUGCUUACAAUGUUUUUUUUUUUGUUUUUUUUGUUUUUUUUAAACAAGGGUAUGUGUUUCCCAGCACAAAGUUAUCUAUAUGAACUGUUAUUUUUAUACAGCACUAUACCCUAUUACAUAAACACAUUAAGCCAAAGAAUUACAAAAAAAACAAAAAAUAAUUGACAAGGGGGAAAAAAAGUACAUAAAUGAAGCAUAAUUUGUCCAAAGAGCAUGAGUGCCCUCUAGUGCAGAAAAAAAUUCUUAUUGUGAAAUCAAAAGGAUAAUAUUUUCGGUUUUAUGUGGACAAUCGGUGCCAAAUAAAAACUGGGAGUUUAAAAUCGACGCUUUCGAGUCAUGUUCACGGCAGCGCUCUAUGUCUACUUAUUUUUGUACGAUGCUUUAAAGAUGCCACUUAAUUAAACAGGCCGGAGUCAUCAUAAACCAGCAAGGUUAAGUAGGAUUGGUGUAAUAGUCAUGCGAUUAUUGUUGCAACGUCUAAUUGGUGAAACUGGUUGAGCCAUUGUUGGCAUUAUCUUUGGCAACAACAACAAAAAAAUCUAAUAUGUAGAAUAAAGAGGAAAUGUAACGACUAGUGUAGCUCAAAGAAGUGAAGUAAGAAUAGCGUUUCUUCUUCACAAAUCUACUCAAGUAAAAGUAAAAAGUAUGGCUUAGUAAAGCUACUCUUAGAAGUACAUUUUUCCUCAAAAAGCUAUUCAAAUAAAUGUAACGGAGUAAAUGUAAAGCGUUACUACCUACCUAUGGCCAUGCCAGUGCAUGAGAGGCGUGGCAGCGUGUUUAUUUGAUAUUAAAAAAAAAAAAACAAGCAUAAAUAUGCCUUUUGCACCAUUUGUGCACCCUCCAGAAUGUCCAAUAUAUUGGAGGGCUGUGAUUUAAAGUUAAUUAUUUCAGUUAAUGUUAUCAAUAUACAGACCCUUUCAAACACAAAAAAAGGAAAAUAUAUUUUAUUUUUAUGAAUCCAUUUUUCUUUGUUUUUUUUCCCAAAGGGUCUGUAUUUGAAAUAUAUCACCAAGCAAUGGAAGUACCUUGGGCCCUGGGUAGUUACGUACCACACCCAUGUGAAAAGUAUAAAGUCUUCUUACGAAGUAUAAAUUGAAAUCAGAAUGAAGUACCCAUCAGGAUCAGUAGGCGCAGGGGGUCUUUUUGAGCAGUCAGAAGGUGUUUUGUUUUGGCUCUGAAGUCAGUUCAUAACAUCAAAGGUUGAUCUUUUGCACCGGUCAAUUUUUAUUUUUGCUACACAUGCAGUUGUGCCAAGCUUCUUUUAUUGUAACUAUAUUUAUUUUCUAAUGACAUCACUGCUUAAAUCAUAACAUUACAAUUUUUUUUUUUACUUUGAAAAUGCUCUCUUUAAUCUCAUAACAUUCCUUUCUUGUAAAUACAUUUCAUCACUCUUCCAGAUUUUUGAAAUUCUUGUAAUAAGCCAUUCAUAACACUGCUUCAAUGUUGUAUGUUUUGUGUGUCUUUUUUACUCAUCCAGAAUCCCGCUAUCAGCCUUCAUAUAUAAUGGCUCAUUAUUAGUUCAGAGACUUUUUUUUUUUUUUUUUAAAAGAAUAGUCACCGCAAAGCUGCGGGCCGUCGCGACCGUCAUUAAGGUGAAUGAUUGACAUAUAGUCAAGGUCACUCCCUCCUUGUGUGACGUUCCGCUCGAAGUGAUCGAGAAACAACAACUUAAGCUUGUCAGCUCGUAGCGUGUAUUUGAAGUUUACACAUACACACAUGACAAUGACGACACAGAUGAUAGGACGGGAUCCACUCACACCCCUUCGCUGGCCAAUGGGAGGUUUUGUCUACGGUACACUGCUGGACCAUGUGCUUGUCAACCUUAGCGUGACCCACUUUGCUGUUGUGGCCUUUAAUGUGACCUCCAAAAUAAAGUCAUCUACGAAGUUAACAUUUGUUAUUUUUAGUCUACAGUAACUCAAUGCUGCCUGAUAGUACAGUGAAGUACAUACGCUGUAGUAGAUGAAAAGUAGAAGAAUGUUUCUUUCCCGUAGCAUUUGAACUGGGAGGAUUGGACGCCUUUCACUGUCAAGAGCCAAUGACCCAAAACAGGCUUUUAAAAUAUUUAUCGGUGUCUGUGUUAACUCUCCCUAGACUAAAGUGACAAAUAAACAAAUCAACACUGAUGAUGUCACAUAGGUUCCCUGUCUAUUAAAAAGGAACAACCUCCAUUUUGUCUUUUUUUUGUGGUCGCCCUUGUGUCUGUGACACACUAGUAGUUAAUGAAGCAAUAGGUAGUGGCAUUUGUGUCACACACAUGUUCUUUUCCUAGAGCUCAGCUGAUGGCUGCUCUCUUUACAAAUGGGUCAUGUGAUCCAGCAAGUGCUUAUGUCAGAUUAGCUUUCUGUUGACAAGAGGAGGCCGGAAACCUCCACAACCUUCCGCUUCCUUUUGAAUCCGAUUAUUUUGAUUAACAAUUUGAAGGUAUGCUAGUCGAUCGUUGGUUGUGACAUCAUCACACAUAAAAAAUAUAGACUGUCCUUUAGAUGGUAUUCUUCCCGACUAAACUCCUGUUUUUGCUUGAAGCUGUAUUGCUUUCACGUGACUUUUGUCCCUGGUUUGUCUUUUCACCUCAUGCUGUUGACUUGCCUCGAAAGGUGUCUGGGAAUAGAAUGUGAAGCCAUAUUUUUAUCCAGUGUGAAGGUGCUUGUGUCGUAGGGCAGACUAUAUAUGAGACUCUGAUGACUUGGGCUAUAACUGACCUAACCUAACCUCAGAAUAGGCUCAGGUGACAAUAGUCCUGUCGCAACUAAGGAAGACUGCAGGUCAGAAAAAGCAGUCUUUUUUUAAGAGUAGACGAGAGGGAGGUCAGAAUUAUAAUAAAGUUGUAUUCCUUUUUUUAACCCUUAGAUGCACAAGUUACUGGACCCUACACUCUUCUAUAAGUGGGUCUAAAAUGAUCCAUUUUGGAACCAAUUUGCUUUGCCAUUUUGGUGAAGAAUAAUCACUUGUGUAUUAAUUAGUAUUAUAUUUUGGGCCACACAAGAAUGAUUUCAUGCUUGAAAUAUCUUUAGGAUUCAAUUAACAUUAAAAAAAAAACAACAAAAAACGUAACAGCAAUAGACUUUUUCCUUCCUCGUAUUUGAUCAUCAAUGAUGAAGAACUCGCAUGCAUCUUUUUGGUGAGACAGCGGUGCUAAGCCCUUGUGGAGGCACUGACCGAUUUCUGAGGAUAUUGUGGCUCUGUGUUCUGCUCUGGGUGGGAGGUAAUUCGCUCUAAUAAGAGCCCUACCAACUCAUUCUAAUGGCCAUGAUUUGGACACUUUCUUCUUCAGAGGACAUAAGUGGAAUCCUAUGAGUCAGAUGGAUCCUGUUCAGCUGGAUCUCCUGGUGAACAACUGCCACCUGGACAAUAGUCUGGGUCCUCAUCAUCAGAAAUUUCGGACACUUGAGUCCAACCCCGUCACUGCCUCUCCAUCAUCCACCAUCUGUGCUGCUGGAGUUUUAGUUGGUCACCCAUUUGACACUGUGAAGGUCAGACUGCAGGUUCAAAAUGUUAAUAAGCCUAUGUACCGUGGCACCAUUCACUGCUUCCAAUCCAUCAUACGCCAAGAGUCGCUGUUUGGAUUGUACAAAGGCAUCGGUUCCCCCAUGAUGGGCCUCACCUUCAUCAACGCCAUCGUAUUUGGCGUACAAGGCAAUGCCAUGCGGAGGCUGGGCCAGGACACGCCCACCAACCAGUUUUUGGCGGGUGCGGCAGCAGGCGCCAUACAGUGUGUCAUCUGUUGCCCCAUGGAGCUGGCCAAGACACGCAUGCAGAUGCAGGGCACAGGCGAGAAGAAGUCCUCUCGAAAGAUGUACAAGAACUCCAUCGACUGCCUUGUUCGGAUCUACCGCCGCGAGGGUAUGUGGGGCAUCAACAGGGGCAUGGUGACCACCUUGCUCCGUGAGACGCCUGCUUUCGGCUUCUACUUCCUGGUGUACGACGUGCUGACGCGCCAGCUGGGCUGCGAGCCCGAAGACCGCUACAUGAUCCCUAAGCUGCUGUUCGCUGGCGGAAUGGCGGGCAUUGCUUCAUGGCUUUCUACUUAUCCAGUGGAUGUGAUCAAAUCCAGGCUGCAGGCGGACGGUGUCGGCGGCGUCCAUCAGUACAGCGGCAUCGCCGACUGCGUACGGCAAAGUGUGCGCAAGGAGGGCUACAUGGUGUUCACGCGAGGGCUUACUUCCACGCUGUUGCGCGCUUUCCCCGUCAAUGCUGCCACUUUCGCCACUGUUACGCUGGUGCUCAUGUACGCUCGUGGGCCCGUGCAGGGCGUCGAGGACUGCGAGACAGCGCCCAAGGCCGCCAGCCGCCACUCUCAGGGUCAAGCUCAGGCCCAAACCCAAACCUCUGGCCUAUGAGGUUGCCGACACAACUAAUUUGGCGCUUAAGUUAGGGAAAGUGCAAACCGCUAUCGCUUGGAGCGCUGCUUUGAGUGUGUGUGAAACAGCAUAGUACAGGAUACUGUAUGAUUUGUAUAUGUGUAUAUUUUGUAUGUAUAUGUUGUCAUAUGUGCAGUUUAAAACUCAAUUUAACAGAUUAUGGAGGAAAAGUCAUUUUGCUGAUUGCCUCUUAAAUUUAAGCACUUUUUUCAUGGCCCAAACAUAUCUAAUGCUGUAAAAAGCAAACAAAAAAUUAUAAAAAAUGUUUCAAAAUGUUUGAAAACCUUCAAACGUAGCUGUGAUGAUUGUGAACUCCGACAAAAUAGUUUGCAUGUUCUAAAUUUAACAUUUUUUUGUGUUCCUGAUGAAUUCCGUUAAAUUGCGACUGUUAUUUCUGGGUUUGCUAAAUCGAGAUUUACCUUUACGUGUAUAUGUUUUGAUACAUGCUGUCAUAUUUUAAGUUUGUGUAAACAAAUAUAUCUCCAAAAUGCAGCUGUAUGAUAGUGUUUUUGAAAAAGAAAAUUCAACCAUGUAUAAGAAAUAUUCUGCUUGAAUUUUUUCUUUAGACUGGUUUUAAUACGGUUUGAUCUUCCUAAGUGGACAAAGCACUUUGUUGUCUCAAAACAAAAAAAUGGUUUGUGAUCUCAAUUGUUGUUGCAGCUAUUUCUGUUGAUACAAUCGUAAUAUGUGUUAUUUGAAUGACUUGAGGGAACAAAAGGGCUAUUUUUAAAAUGCACAACAGCUGUAUUAUUAUGAUGUAAGGCUGCAUGAAACUGAAGAGCGAAGGGACCAAUGACAGGAUGUUGUUGAAAAGACGGCUGAAGUAUGUCGGAACUGGAAUGUUUUCAACAUUUUACUUUGCUGUGUGCUUGCGAAAUUGGUCGAUCUGAUGAAUGUACUGUAUUCAUGCUCCAGCACUGGAUGGUGCUGUAUUCUAUUCUUGUCAAUUUGACCUGUUUUUGAAAAUGUCAAGAUCAAUCCUCUCUCGUCCGCUGCUUUUAAAUCCCAAAUGCUGGGUUUGUCAACAUAAAAAGUUGAGCUAUGCAAUCAGCUGAGAAUCAAAUAUCUAUAUUUUUUAAUUUAUGCUGUCAGAGAAUGGGCCAAACCAUUCCAGAUGCAGUCAAAGACAUAUUUUCUCAGCAUUGUUACUGAGACGCUUGAAAAUGUACGAGGUUAGAGCUGCACACAGAAGAGAAAAAUGAGUUUAUUUUUUUAAAGAUUAUUUUUCCAAAGGUUUCAAAGAAGUUUUGAGAAGAAAACCUUGGUAAAACUUCCCGAAAGUUAAUUUUGGGGAGAAUACAGCUGCACUUCAAAUUAUAAUUUUGCUUCAUAAUAAUAUUAAAAGUACAACUUUAUGAUUUACUCCAAAAGAAUGCGUUAUAUUACAAUCGUUUUUUUCUUAGUGAAGCUCUAGCACUCCAUGGUAAAUAUUUUCUAAGGCGGCUAAAUAAUCGUAAUGUCUCGAGUGUACAGUUUCAGUGAUAUUUCAUCAAAUGGUUGUGAGAUUUUAAUUUAUACAGACGUUAUAUUCAUAUACUGUAUACAUUUUUUUUUUUUUUUGGUGCUGUUUUUGGAAAGAUCUGUGCAAUGGUUAAUAAAUAUGAUUGAUAUA